AAUUUAACCGGUUUUAUGGGUCCAAGUGGAUGUGGUAAAACAACAUUCAUCCGUUGCCUGACCGGUAAUAUGGUUGUACGUUCUGGAUUGUCAUCUGAAACGGAAAUUUAUUUGAAUCCGGUGGAAAAACGUAAACCAAUUAUUGGUUUGAUUGAUCGUGCCGUACAUGAAAUGAUUUAUGGACAAUUAAAAGUUGGUGAAGCUUUACGUUAUGCAUUUUUAUUCAAAAAUCGUUGUAUCUCUAAACAUCAAAUGAAUGAACAUAUUGAACGAAUUAUUGAAGAAUUAAUGCUUGACAAAAAGAUUCUGAAACGUCGUUUUAAUCUUUGUUCCGGUGGUGAACAAAAACGUAUUGCCAUUGCACAAGAACUAAUGUCCCUACGACGUCAACCAUCAUUUUUGUUUGUAGAUGAACCAACCACUGGAUUAGAUUCAAAUUCAGCAUUAGUUGUAAUGAAAUGUUUACGUCGUUUAGCUGAUAAUCAUCGAAUGUCUGUGACCAUUUCCAUUCAUACACCAAAUAGCGAUAUUUUACCUUUUGAUAAACUUUAUGUUUUAGCUAAAGGCGGUGUUUGUAUUUACGCUGGUCCACCAGAUCAGUUACGUCCAUUACUAAAGGAACAAUUUGGUCUAGAUUCAAGUUGUGAUGAUCAUCAAGAAGAUGAAUUGGAAAAACCACCGAUUGAAGAAUAUCUUAAAAUCGCUUGUAUGGGAAUCGAAAGCCAAAAAGUACAAACAUUGGCCCAUAAUGUUCAAAAACUUGAACAUGAUCGAUUGAUGCCAUAUUUCGAUCAAUUGGAUUUCCUACCAUAUGGUGUUCCACAACAUUUUAAACGUUUUCUAUUCAAAGAUUUUAUCAUUGAAUUCAUCAGAUUAUUUCAUAUAAUGUUUAUGAUCAAUUAUAAAUCAGUAUUGGCAGUUUUAUUGACAUUCACCUAUCUUUUUGUGUUUAUUUCCACCGUAUUCAAUGGCGAAGAAAUUGUUCGUUCGAAAGCUUGUUGUGAAUUGCCUGAUCAAUCAAAUUUUUCAUUAUCGAAAAUUUCAAAUUUCAUUAUCGAAGAUAAUAAUGGUGACAACAACAAUGGACGAAAUUUAACCGAUCUAGAAAAUUGUCACGAUAAUCUUCGUAAUAGUGCACAUCAUGAUUCAUUUAUAAUGCAUCAAUCAAUGACAACAUUGUUCAUUUCAUCCGUUGCAAUGGGUCUUGCUUGUUUUUUAUUCGUACCAAUAUUGAAAGUAUUUCGCAAUGAACACCGUAAUCGUUGGUAUUCAGUGGGAACAUGUUUUUGGUCAUUAACAUUAAUCCAAUUGAUUGAAAGUAUUCUUUAUGUAUUGACCAGUACAUCAUUGAUUUAUUUUACAAUGGAUUUUCUAUAUCUGGAUCAAAAUCAAUUCAAUUGGACAAGAUUUGGUCAUUUUCUAUUCUUUUAUUGGAUUGAAUUUUUAUAUAUGCAAUCAUUUGGUCAUUUUUUACUCAUUUUAGCUGGUGAUCGUAUACAGAUUUUUAUGGUUCUUGUUCAAAUAUUCAUCACUGUAUUGUUUGUUUUCGAUGGCCAUUUCAUCAUUCUUGAACAAUUGGGAAAUCCAUGGGCAAUCAAGAUUUCAAAUUUUUUGGCUUCAAGAUUUAUAAACAAUGGUGUAUUGUAUGCAUUUUAUGGCCUGGACAGGUGUGAUGAUCCAUUGACAGAAUAUUCAGUUAUGCUUCAUAAAUAUUCGGUUGAUGUUGAGAAAAUUUUUGAAAAUUUAAAACCCGUUUUUCGAAACAUGUUCAUUCUUCGUUUGCUAACAUUGAUUUGUAUGUGGAUUCGUUUCAGUUUCAAAGGUAAAGUUAACCGAAUGUAUCGUCAAUCAGCGAAUGAUGGUGUAUCAUCUAUAGUGGAUUAUGAUCAAGACAGACAAACAUCAAAAUCAUCAUCAAAUAAUCGAAAAAGAAGUAAAAAUUGUUUUAAAGUUCGUUUCACUACAAGAAUCAAACCAGAUGUAGAAACAAAAUUUGAAAAUUUUUGCCGUGGAAAAAUACAUUUAGCAUGGCGUUCUUUAUCGUUAUUCGGUGAACGAAUGAUACGUGAAUCACCAUCGAUUGUAAAGAUGACGAAUCCAAAAUUAAUUCUACAUAAUCUGAAUGGCCAAUUUCGAUUCGGAACAUUGAAUGCAGUGAUGGGUACUUCUGGUUCCGGAAAAACUUCCUUAUUAAAGGUAUUAAAUGGUCGAUGGAAAACCUAUUUAAGUGCUGAAUCACAAAUCUAUAUUAGCAAAUAUACACCUACACGAAUAUGUUAUAUUUCGCAAGAGAUUUCUGGCCAUCUAUUACCCGGUUUGACUGCAAAACAAAGUUUGAUUUAUGCUGCAAAAUUGAAAAAUAUUGCCGAACGUUUCUAUGGACAAACAUUUCGUGGUGGCAAGAUUGAUUAUGAAGAAAUUGCAACAAAUCUCUUGGAUGAAUUGGACAUAAGUCAUACGGCAUCAACAUUUGUUGAUUAUUGUUCUGAUGGUGAACGAAAACGUUUGGCAUUGGCAUUGGAAUUGACAUCACUGAGAAUGCCAAAUCUGAUUUGUAUUGACGAACCAACAAGUGGAUUGGAUUCAAAUUCAGCUGCAAUUGAAAUUCGUUGUCUUCAAAAAUUGGUUCGACGUCAUCUAAUCACGUUAGUAGUUAGUAUUCAUCAACCGAAUACAGAAAUUUUACAAAUGUUUGAUCAAAUCUAUUGUCUUGCACGUGGUGGUGUUUGUAUUUAUUCGGGUGUAGCCGAAAAAAUUGCUGAAAAUCUUCGUCUUGUACCGGAGAUUAAUCUUCCUGAUCCAUGUGGUUGUACAGUGGUUACCGAAGAAUUGAUGAAAUAUUCAUGUCUUUCGAAUGAAGAUCGAAUCGUUCAAAUGUUAUGUCAAUUAUCGGAUCAACGAAUUUUAACACAAGAAAUCACUGAUGAAGAAUUUGAAGAUGAUGUUGUUGCUUGUGAUGAUGGUAUACAGCUAAAUCGUCCAAGAUUUUCAUUGACAUCAUUUUGGUUUCUAUUUUUUCGUAAUCUAAUGUAUCAGAAAAAUUAUCUCUGGCUAGAAACAGUAUCGUAUAUUGUUUUAUACAUUUAUCAUGGAUAUCUAUUGCGGUUUGUGUUCAAUCCAAAAUCUGUCCAUACCAGUGGCUGUGUAAGUUUUGAUGAAGAUUUUAAUCAUCUUUCUACGGCUCGUCUUCAGGAACAAAUUGAUUUGGUCAACAAUACCUGUUAUACAAUAUUGAUGAAUUCAUUUUUUUUGCUCAUUUUUCUUGUACAAUCUGGUUUUGCUUUAACUAAAGAAUUUGUCUAUUUUUUCAAUGAACAUCGAAAUGGAUGGUAUUCAACAAUGUCAUUUUAUCUAGUGAAAUCUGGUUAUGAAAUAUUGGCAUUAAUUCCAAUAAUUCUUGUCUAUAAUUAUAUUGUUGAUGUUUUUGAACCAGUACGACCCGGAAUGUAUUGGUGGAUGGUUAUAUUAACAUUUCUUGGCGCCUUGGUCAUCCAAGGCCAGAGUCAUCUAUUUGCAUUGUUGAUUGGUUCGAAUUUUAUCGUAUUGAUUGUGGUGACAUUUUCAAAUUUUUUCACAUGGUUCGUAUUGUCCAAUACAUUCAAUCCGAUUGAAGAAAUGCAUUAUGGUUAUCAAUUUGUUGCACAAUUUUCUGUACUACGUUUUAUAAAUGAAGCAUUAUUUCAAUUACAAUAUGGUUUUGAUCGUUGUAAUACUGGCGAAAUAUCCAUUGUGUUGUAUAAAAUGAUGUUAUCACGUGAUGAACAAGGCCAAUAUUUUUAUCAUUGUCUACGAAUGUUAUUAUUUCAGAUUGUUUUCUACCGUUCAAUUGCAUUAGGUGUGUUGAUAUUCAAAUGUAAUCCACAACAAAAUCGCCGUACACGUGGCCACAGGAUUCGUGAAAGUUUUCGACAACGACAAAGUUUACGUUCAAAUCAAUUGGAUACAUUCAUGCCUGGUAUGAGUGCCUGUGAACAAGAAUUCAAUAUUCGAACUUAUCAAUUAUGAAUUUAUCGAUUGAUUUUAAUUCUUUUGUAUUGAUCAAAGAAUAAUGAAAUGUAUCUAGAUU